AUGCUAGUUUCAAUUAUAUUUGAAAUAGAUGACAUAGUGAUGCUAUUGAAAAUGCGGGAAUGGUCGGAAGAGCUUGAGAUGAUUCUAGCUCAUCAAUGUUUUACUCAACUGAAGACUCGAAUUCCUCCAGUUUUAGCGAUUAUGAUACUUUUAGAAGACCUAGAAAUAAUUACGGAAUCUAGUAAAGACUUAAAAGAAGCAAUAAAUUAG